AUGGAAGGCUACACAGAACAGAGAGAAAACCCGAACGACGAUUUAGAAAGUUUAAAAUGCAUAUUAAAUGACCAGCUUUCUUUCAUACUCUACAAUGUUGCAUUGUUUACGACUCGAUAUAAAUGGGUCCUUAUUCUAUGGGUCCCCGACGAAUCCGUAGCAACAAAAUUGUGGAAGCAAAAUGUGUCUUCUGAGAAUGUGGAAGGGAAAAAAAAGUACACCCAAGUGACACAGCUGAAUAGGUUAAUUUAUUGCACUUUAAAAAAUAACCUUCUUCAUUAUGUGGACCAUGAUAGGGAAGUGCCACUGGAGGAAGUACACAAUUUCGAGCAGCUGGAAAAAUGCAUAACGGCUAGUCUGGGCCAUUGCUUAACCUCAAUUAGCACGACACGCAUGUGUAAGGGAAGGGUAGUGCCCCAUAUCAGCGUUACGAAUUACCUGUACAAUUACUAUUUUCUAAAUGAGCAAAUGAAGCAGUGUUGUGACGGUUUAAAUGAUGAAGAUGAUGGUUUGUCCAAGCAUCUCGAUGUGAUUGCAAAGGAGAGCAACACAUGCAUCGUUUUACUCACCAUAGAUGUUAACAAUUACAAACUGGAGAGCCAUUUUGAGCAAGUAGAAACAAUCGAAUCGUUUCUUCACCUAACAAAAGAGAUACAUAUUUGUUAUGUCCUAUAUAAGACAUCCGACACCUACACCUUGUUCUACCUCUGUCAUAGUGACCAGUGCACCACGAGAGAAAAAUUUGUGUACUCUUUAUUCAAACCGCACUUCAUACAAAUAUUGAAAAAAAAAAAUAUUAAUAUUUUUUUAAGUGUCGAAAUGGGCAAGCUUAAACAUCUGGUAGACUUUGUCCGAGGGGACAUAACUACGAAGAAGGAAGUUCUCACAAAUAAUGGACCACUUGACAUGGCGCCAAAAAGGAAGAACAGCACACACCAUUUGACCUUGGUUGGAAAAAAAAACUACUCUAGCAAUGCACAAAUCAGUGGGGCGAAGGAGUUACUUCCCAUUGUGGAAAAUGAUUCUAUUAGCAGAAAUGGGAGGACGAAUGAUCAAUCUGGGCAGGGGCCAAGCGUGGACAGGAAGCACGCGUUUACAUCUAGAGCCAUUAAUUUGUUAUCGCUGAAGAGGAAGGAUAGCAACGCCAACAACACACAGACAGAGCAACCCACUUGGGGUAAAACAAAUAAAAUGGCACAUGCACCACUAGGGCAAAGAAAACAAACCAGUACCUCAACAUCUACCAGCGACAAUAUCGGACCAAACUUACUCAAAAAAUGGUCCCUAUCGAAAUCGUAUAAUUUGAAAAAAAAAAACUCCUUCACAAAUGACGGGGAAAAAAAUUUCACAAUAAAAAAAAAAAGGGAACCCUCCUCUACACUGGCCCACAGCAAAUCGCUAACUCUCCGCAAGGGAUCGUCCACCUCCGUCGAGUUAAAAAAAUCGUCCUCCUUGUCUAAGCAAAAAUCCCUCCAACUUGAUAAGAAAAAGAGCUUAACCAGAAGGCUCAAAGGGAGAAGCGCUGCUUCAGAGAAGUGA